UCCAUUUCAAACUAAGAACGCAAAAAACAAACAUGUCAACUCCUCCCCUCUUUUUCUUCUUCUUCUUCCUCAUUUCAUUUCCUUUGUAUUCUCUUCAAACAGCUCUCAUUGCUCCUCUCUACAAACACCAUACCUCUCUCCUCUACUCCAUCUCCCUCCACCUCAAAACUCCCCUCCGCCCAGCCUCCCUCUACCUCGACCUCGGCGGCGCCUUCUCCUGGAUCCACUGCUACCAAAAUUACAACUCUUCCUCUUACAAAUUCGUCCUUUGCAAUACCCCUCUCUCCAAUUCCUUCAACCAGGCUAUUUGCGGCUCCUGCGUCCAAGCUCCCUCUCCUAUCUGUGCUAACGACACCAUCUUCUCUUACGCCUAUCCAGAAAACCCAUCCCUCAGAGAUCAUUUUGUUGAUUACGAUCACCCUAAGCUCACCGAUUCCGAGAAUGUCAUCACUGAUGUUCUUGCUCUCUCCACCACAGGCGGCUCCACAUCCGCUCCACUCCGUCGCAUUCCUGAAUUUCCUUUCGCAUGCGUCAAGACCAAUUUCCUCCGAGAAGUUGCUAAGAAUGUCAUUGGCCUAGCCGCGCUCGGCCGUUCCAACUUAUCGAUUCCAUCGGUGAUUAGUGCAAAAUUCAGUAGCCCUAAGUAUUUUGCCAUUUGUUUAUCAGGAGCGAGGUCAGGGCCUGGUGUUGCUUUCUUCGGAUCUAAAGGCCCGUACAGAUUUUCCCCCAAUGUUGAUCUUUCUAAAUCCCUAACUUACACACCAUUGCUCUUCAAUCCGGUUAGCGCCUCGAUUUACACCUAUUGGUUACCGUCUUACGAGUAUUACGUUGGACUCUCCGCCAUUAGAAUCAACGGCAAGGUGGUGCCGUUCAACACAUCUUUAUUGUCGUUUGAGCCGAUUCACGGUCGCGGUGGGGCUAAGAUCAGCACCUCCACCAAUUACGCGUUGCUACGGAGUUCGAUUUAUAGAGCAUUCGCGACGGUGUUUAUGAAGGAAGCGGUUGUACUCAACUUCAAGUUGAUAAAUGCGGUAGAGCCGUUCGGAGUGUGCUAUGAGGCAAAGAGCGUGGGAGUGACGGCGGAAGGACAGGCGAAGGCUCCGGUGGUGGAUUUGGUUAUGGAGAAAGAGAAAGUGGUGUGGAAAUUAGGGGGGAGGAAUACGAUGGUGAGGAUUAAGAAGAAGGGAGUGGAUGCUUGGUGCUUGGGAUUCAUCAAUGGCGGAGAGUUUCCAAGAACGCCGAUCGUGAUCGGAGGUUUGCAAAUGGAAGAUCAUUUGUUGCAGUUCGAUCUUGAAAAUUUCAGAUUUGGAUUUAGCUCUUCGGCAUUAAAGGAGGGAACUUCAUGUUCAAAAUUCGACUUCACUUCUGCAAACAACACUUUCUUUUAAAUAAUUUUAGAAGAAAUUUUGGGUCAAACUUCAAAUUUGGUUGAUUACUACAAACUUAAUCUCCAUCAUCUAUGAUUACAAUUCAGUCCCUAAUAUGUGGAUUACUUUUCAGAAUUUUAUUAAUUGUAGAGACUGCUUGUAACUUUUAAAUCUAUCAGAAUAAAAGUUUGACAUUCUCUAA